UGGACAGUGACACAAUUUUCAUAAUUUUGCCUCUGUACACCACCACAUUGGAAUUACAAAAGUAAUUGGACAAACUAACAAUCAUAAAUUUUAGCAUUAUUUUCAAUGAUUGGGUGCAAAUCCUUUCCAGUCAAUGACUGCCUGAAGUCUGGAACCCCUGGACAUCAUGCAAUGCUGAGGCCUUUACUGCAGCUGCCUUCAGUUCCUACUUGUUUGUGUGUCUUUCUGCCUUCAGUACAGGGUUCUUAAACUGUGUUGAGCAAAAAAAAAACAUUGCAGGGUCUUUUUUCAAAUCCUCAACUGUCUCGGUGUUUCGGUGGCCUGUCUAGCCAUUCUCAUCUGAACUCUCUCAUCGGCAAGGCAUUUCUGUCCACAGAAUGUCUGCUUACUGGAUGUUUUUUGUUUUUUGCACUGUUCUUUGUAAACUCUAGAGACUGUUGUGUGUGAAAAUCCCAGGAGAUCACAUUUUUUUCCCCAUUCUGAUGUUUGACGUGAACAUUACCUGCAGCACUUAACCUGUAUCUGCAUAAUUUUUUGCAUUGCACUGCUGCCAUAUGAUUGGCUGAUCAGAUAACUGCAUGAAUGUCCAGAUGUACAGGUGUUCCUAAUAAAGUGGAGGGACCAUGCGGGGGCCAGUGCGCUGGGUUUUAUGGGACAUAAAGGACACUCUCCUGAAGGUGCGUUGCUCCGUGGGAGAGCAGUACUCUAAUGAGGCCAAACGUGUUGGACUGAAUUUACCAGCCACGCAGAUAGAGGCUGCAUUCAGGGAAGCUUACCGCCAACACUCGCGUCUCUACCCUAACUAUGGCGUUGCUCAGGGCAUAAAUGGCCAGCUGUGGUGGACAGGAUUGGUGAAGAGCAUCUUCUCCCAGUGUGGGGUGCAGGACCCUGCAUUGCUUGACACACUUGCCAACAAUCUUUACCAUAAUUUUUCUGGUCCAGAGAACUGGGAGGUGUUCCCAGACUCAAAUUCCACCCUAAAAUCCUGCACAGCUCUCGGAUUGAAGCAGGGUGUGGUAUCCAAUUUUGACAGGCGCCUAGAAGGAAUCCUUCAAGGAUGUGGCCUCCGAACCUAUUUCUCAUUUCUGAUGACUUCAGAAGAGGCUGCUGUGGCCAAACCAGACCCAGGCAUUUUUGUCCAAGCCCUGAAAAAGUCCGGGGUGCCAGCCAAACACGUAGUCCAUGUUGGGGACCACUACAUAAAUGACUACCUCACCUCUCGAUCAUUAGGUAUUCGAGGUUAUCUGCUAGAUAGGCAUGGACUCCAGAAACAUCUGGAUGUUCCCCCACAGCAUCGACUACAGAGCCUAGAUGAGCUACCAGCCAGAAUAUUACAGGAAACGGAUUAAAACAGUUUACUUAGCUGAAUAACUGCUGAAUUUCUUAGAUUUAUUCAUUUAAUUUGUGUUCAAGCAACUCACAUUAAAUACCAUUUCCAAAGAUGUCUUUGAUCAACUAAAUUAUUUUUGUAGGUACGCAUGUAGAAGGUAAUGCACUAUGUAAACCCCCUACUCUAUUCUUGUGUGGAAUCUUGUAUUAAGGCAAAUUUUUAAUGAUCAGAAAUAAAAGUAAAUGUUUAUUCAAGAA